GGACACGACAGCACAGAAGCUAUUCUGAUCAUUUGAUCUCCGAUCAUUAUCCAUGAAAUACCAAGGUAAGGUGUGUACAUGUGGCAUGCUCGCUUGCUUCACCUCAUUCUUCAUAUCCACCACCGUAAAAUGCAACCCUACGCUGCCGCAACAUCGCCGUAUUCCUCCGUCUCCCGCAUCGCUUUUCUCUCUCACUUACUCGCCACCGAUGUUUCUGCUCUCAAAACACCACCACUGCUAAGAUGUAACUCCACUAAUAACAAUUUACUCAUUUGUCGAAGCUCCUUAACCCCACCUAACCCCCCACCACCACCUAAAGUUUCCGAUACCUCUAAAAGUCAACUUAUUCAACUCAUCGAUGACGAUCAAGACGUCGUUCGACAAGCUCGGAGAUCUGCUGAUUGGAAGGCAGCAAGGGCUCAUAUGGAGAAUGGGAUUGUGUAUCAAGGCAGAGUUGAAGGAUGCAAUGGAGGUGGUCUACUUAUUAGGUUUUAUUCUCUUGUGGGCUUUCUUCCAUAUCCUCAGUUGAGCCCAUCACAUUCAUGCAAAGAACCGGACAAAACCAUUCAAGAGAUCGCAAAAGCUCUAACUGGUUCUCUCAUUUCCGUGAAGGUGAUUCACGCGGAAGAGGAGAAACGGAAACUGAUAUUCUCCGAAAAAGAAGCCGUGUGGUCAAAGUAUUCGAAUUCUGUUAAAAUAGGCAAUGUUUAUAAAGCAAAAGUUGGGUCGGUUGAAGACUAUGGUGCCUUUGCUCACUUGCAACACUCAGAUGGUUUGUAUCAUCUUACUGGACUUGUACACGUGUCCGAGGUGUCGUGGGAUUUAGUUCAAGAUGUGAGAGAUAUCUUGAACGAGGGGGAUGAUGUGAAGGUCAAAGUCAUUGGUGUUGACAGGAACAAGUCACGAAUUACGUUGUCAAUAAAGCAACUCGAGGAAGAUCCACUAUUGGAAACGUUGGAGAAAGUUAUUCCUCAGGACGGUUCAGCUGGCUCUACUUCAGACAGCACCGCUGAUUAUGUUAUUGAGCCACUUCCAGGGCUCGAAACGAUAGUUGAGGAGCUACAACGAGAAGAUGGCAUAAUUGACAUAAAGAUAACCCGUCAAGGAUUUGAGAAACGAGUGGUCUCACAAGAUUUACAACUUUGGUUGUCGAAUGCACCACCGAAUGAAAAUCAGUUCACUCUACUUGCUCGAGCCGGAAGACAGGUACAGGAAAUACAACUGGUAACUUCACUGAAUCAAGACGGGAUAAAAAGUGCGUUACAGAGAGUGCUGGAGCGCGUUCCGUGAGUUGAUAUUCACUUCCAGUUCUCGAUAUAUGUGAAUUAUUACACUUGCCUACUUAUUGUACAGAAAUCACAUUAAACCUGUAACUAUUCUUUUACUGAUGUAUGUAUGUAUGUAUUAAUCUGGCUGGAUCCAUACAGU